CCUCCCCUGCCCCUUCCCCGGAGCCUCCGGGUGUACCCCGGAGCCCGGGAGCCCAGCGCGGCCCAGCCCGCCCCCCGAGCGCCCCGCCAUGAGUGAGAACCUGCUCUGCUCUAGCCGGGCCACAGUCAUGGUUUACGAUGACAUCAACAAGAAGUGGCUUCCGGCCGGCACGGGCCCCCAGGCCUUCAGCAGAGUCCAGAUCUACCACAACCCCAGCACCAACGCCUUCCGAGUGGUGGGCCGGAAGAUGCAGCCGGAUCAGCAGGUUGUAAUUAAUUGUGCCAUCGUCCGGGGUCUCAAGUACAACCAGGCCACGCCCAAUUUCCACCAGUGGCGGGACGCCCGCCAGGUCUGGGGCCUCAACUUUGGCAGCAAGGAGGAUGCGGCUCAGUUUGCGGCAGGGAUGGCGGAUGCCCUGGAGGCCUUGGAAGGAGGUGGGCCGCCCCCUCCCCCUGCAAACUGGUCUGUCCAGAACGGCCCCUCAGCAGAGGAGAUGGAGCAGCAGAGGAGGCAACAGCUGGAGCACCUGGAGCAGGUGGAGAGGGAGCGCCGGGUCUCCAAUGCAGGAGCCCCAGUUGCUGCCCCAGCUGGGGGACCCCCACCCCCUCCGGGGCCCCCUCCUCCCCCCGGCCCCCCGCCACCCCCUGGGCUGCCCCCCUCAGGCGCGGGGUCUGCAGCCCCAGGAGGGGCGGGCGGCCCACCCCCAGCACCCCCACUCCCGUCUGCCCAAGGCCCCAGUGGGGGAGGCGGGGGCGCCCCGGGCCUGGCCGCAGCCAUCGCCGGAGCCAAACUCAGGAAGGUCGCCAAGGAUGAGUCCUCGGGGCCCCCGCCCGCCCCAAAGGCCGAGAGCACUCGGAGCACGGGCGGCGGGCUGAUGGAGGAAAUGAGUGCCAUGUUGGCCCGGAGGAGGAAAGCCACGUUAAUUGGGGAGAAGCCCCCGGCCAAGGACGACUCUGCCAAUCAGGAAGAAGGUGAAACAAGAAUUCCCUCGCAGAAUGAGCCUGUUCGGAGACCUUGGGAAAAGAACAGCACAACUCUACCUAGGAUGAAGUCUUCCACCUCAGUCACGAGCUGUGAGGUCCCUACCUCGACUCCCGGCACCCACGAGGAGUCCGACUUAGACAGGAUUAAGCAGGAACUGCUGGAGGAGGUGAGGAAGGAGCUUCAGAAAGUCAAAGAGGAGAUCAUAGAAGCUUUUGUCCAGGAGCUCCGCAAGCGGGGCUCCCCGUGACCCGAAGGACCUGGGAGCCGAGCCCCCAUUCCAAAGCCGCCUUUCAGCCCACUCGGAAGACCCAAGAGGAGGCCCAGCCGCCCCUCCCCCCAGCAGGGGGCUCCACCUACCCCUGCCCUCGGUCCCUUCCUCCCUCGGUCCCCCUGGGGCUCCUGCUUCUGCUUGGGACGGAUCAGCCCCAAAGGGGAAGAAGGGGAGAGACCCUUUCUCCUCUUCCUGGAGCCCCUCUGAGGGUCCAACGUUCACUUUAAUCCUUAAAAGCCUUCAAUUUUUUUAAGAUAAAAAUAAAUAUAUAUAUAUAUAUAUUUGUUCGCGAGGGGAAAGGGGGGGGGAUUUUAUUUGUUUUGAUAAGGGUGGGGUCUUGGCAGUCUUAAAUGCUGUAAUCCUAGCUGCCCCCUCUGGGGGUGCGGUUCUUCCAGGGGGAAUAGGGAGCCAGGACCUCUCUCCACUGCAGGGAACCCUUCUCCCCUCUCCCUGAAAAGAUUCCCCUACCCCUUUUCUAUAUGGAAUUAAGAUGCUAUAAUUCUAUAAAAUACUGUAACUUUUUUUGGACAAA